UAAAAAUCUCAUAGACAAUUAAUAAAAUAAUAAUUCUUUAACUUUUUCCUAAUUUAAUAUUUGAAAAAUAUAAUACACUUACAAUUUAUAGAUAUCACCACAGGCGACUAGACGUGACAUCUCUUCAUUCUGAUUUCCCCAUCUCCAUAUUCUCUAUCUUCCCGUCUCUGUUAAUCAUGUGUGAAUCACCAGAUAGAAACAGUGAUAAUAGCAGCAGCAACAUGCCCUCUAUUUCACUUUCAAAACCCUCCCCCACCUCCACAUAUUCUUUACCUGCGCCUUGUUCACCACCAUCUAGCAUAACCCCUAACCUGUCAGCAAAAAAUUCUAUGGAGGAAGUGUGGAAAGAUAUUGGCCUAGCUUCUCUAAAUGAUCAUCCUGCAGGCACUGUCAUCUCCACUUCAACCAAUAACCUUACCUUUCCUAGUAUGAUCCUUCUAGACUUUUUGGCUAGACCCAUCAACAAAGAACCUCCAACAAGAUCAGGUGUCUCCAAUGACACAUCCCUUGCUGAAGAAACAACCCUUUUUGGCUCUCUAGCAGCCACUCCUGGCAAAGUAUGGAGGUUGAAUUCUAAGUCUGAUUUCUUAUGCAUCGAAAGUGGUGAUCCUGUGAGGCCAAACCCAGCAGUCCAAGGUCGUAGCGGUGUUGCAACUCCAUCUUUUGGUUCUUCUGCAGUUUUCCCUUUUUUUUGCAAAAAAAGAGCUCAAGAAAAUAAUGACAAUUCCGACGACCCAAGGCAUAAGCGCAUGAUGAAGAACAGAGAGUCAGCUGCUCGGUCAAGAGCUAGAAAACAGGCGUACACUUAUCAGUUGGAGCAUGAAGUUACUCGUUUGCAGGAAGAAAAUGCUAAGCUUAGAAGGCAGCAAGAGAAGUUGUUGGCAGCUGAUUCAGAUCAUCUCCCAAAAAAGAAUACUCUCAGGAGAACUUUAACAGCUCCAUUUUGAGGAGUAAAGAACUAAGAAGGUAGCAAAGCAAUUUCUUCUUUGGUCUAUCUUUUCUUUUUGUUAUUAUCACAAGUUGACGUACUUGAUAAAUUGUCAUUAGAGGAAGUGAGGGACAGAGAAACAGAGAGAUGUUUGUAAAUGGGUUAGAAUAGGCCACGAUAGUUUGUUGAAUAGAUAUAUCUCGAGUGGUUGAUAAGAAAGGAAAAAAAGAUGCAAUGAGGAGAGGGCUAUUUUGGGAUCCCAAGCCGCAGGACCAAUGGAGGGUGUUUUGCUACUUUUUAUAUCCACUCCUUGCGUCAUUGUCACUUUUGUUUUUAUGCUUACUUUCUCUUCUACCAACGAUGACGAGAUGGUUCAAGUCGGAAUAAAACAACCAUGCCACCUGUUGGCUAUCAAUUAUCACCUCUC